AUUGUAUACCCAUACCCCAAAUCAGUAACCCAAUUCCCCUUACCCUUUUCCUUCCUUCUUCUUCGAGCAAUCAGCAACACCAUCAACAUCUUCAUCACCUUCCUCCUUCUUCUGAAAUUUCGAGUGCCUUCAAGCUAGAUUAAUCAUCUUCUCGUUAAUUCAACUAGUCCAUUCGUGAUCCCUUCUCUCUGUGCAGCAAAAUCAGUGGCGGUUUUCACCGAACACGAACACCGCUUCUCACGGUGGUUCUACAACCAUUACCAGCGUUCCUUCUUCUUGUAAUUGUUGGUGUAAACAAACUAAGGUAUUAAAUCUCUUAAUUUCUAUGUGUAAUUUCAUUUUACUCAUCUUUUAUAAUCGAUUUUCUUCUCAUAUGUUCGAACCCUAACUAUUUCUAAUCGAAAUUAUAUGUAAACAAAUGAAUAUAUUUGUAGAAUUUAUUCCAUUAAAGAAGAAAGAUCUGAAAAUCCUUUUGUGUUCUUUGUUCAUCCAUUUCGAAGGCUUUAGUUGGGUUCUUUUUAGUGUUGAUAGUGCGAAUACGGUAGUUGUGGGACCGCCUUUGAUUCAGGAAAUGAUCGAGCAAUUUCAGCUGAUACGCAAGAGGAUGAAAGCAGCUCAAGAUAGGCAAAAGAGUUACGCAGACCAACGACGUCGACCUCUUGAAUUUCAAGUUGGAGAUAAAGUCUUCCUUCGAGUCUCACCAACUAGAGGUGUGAUGAGGUUUGGAAAGAAAGGUAAGCUCAGUCCAAGAUUCAUUGGACCCUACGAGAUCCUUGAACGCAUAGGCGAGGUCGCAUAUCGACUUGCGUUACCUGCGUCUAUUGAUAGAGUGCAUGAUGUGUUUCACGUAUCUCAAUUAAGGCAGUACAUCUGGGAUGACUCACACGUUCUUCAACCCGAACAAUUAACCUUGGAUGACACCUUGCAGUAUAAAGAGACUCCCAUUCAGAUUCUAGAUAAGAAGACGCAUGAUACUCGUCCAGGUAGUGUAGCACUUGUGAAAGUGCUAUGGUCUAAUCACGUUACCGAAGAAGCCACGUGGGAGGCACAAGAUGCCAUGAGACGCGAUUAUCCUUGGUUAUUUGCUUAGCAAAAUCAGUGGCGGCUUUCACCGAACACGAACACCGCUUCUCACGGUGGUUCUACAACCAUUACCGGCGUUCCUUCUUCUUGUAAUUGUUGGUGUAAACAAACUAAGGAGGCGACUUUAUCGAAGAGCCCUUCUAGUAAUCGCGGGGUAGCAGUUUUGGCCUCUUGAAGCGUACUUUUUGCUGAUUACAAGUUGGAUCCGGUCGGGAAUAAUCGGGUUAGCAAUGUUGAUGAGAGUGCUAAAGAUGUCCUUUUGAGCUGAGGCCGUAUAAGCUUAUAGUUUGUAUUAGGAAUUUUUUAAUGUAUAUUAGUUCUGAUUAGUUCUGAUUAUGUUGAUUAUAAUGGACUCGUAGUGAGUUGUAUGGUCACUUUAUGUUUAGAUUAGAUAUUUGGUUU